UGUGAUUUAGCGUUUUGUUGUGUUCUAAGAGCGCUGGAUCUCUCCCUCCUUCUUUUUCUCUCAUGCCCUGCGCUGAGCUCACACUCCCACAGAGCGACUCAGAUCUUCAUGACAUCCAACUUUAUCUAGCUCAUCCCGUCUUUUUGUGCACAGUGGAAAGACUUUAAAAGCGACGGAAUGAUAUCAGGGUGCGUUUGAGUCUCUUAGGCAGCUUUUCUCGUCUAUCAUUGGAGUUUUUUUCUUUGCGCGUCCACAUGUGGAGAGACGCUGCGCUUCCGGAGAGAUGCUGAUGCUGAAUCGGGGCUGUAAGUGAGCCAACAUCAGCAGAAAAGAAGUUAAGUUAGAAAAGAAUACAAGAGGAGAAAAAGGAGAAGCUUCUGGGGCCCAAGCCAGAAGUUCAUUAACAAAACCAAUCGGCUUUUUUUUUCUCAUCUGAAGAGGUACCUCACCAACCUUCAAAAUUUCGCCCAAAAGCAGACAGGAGGAUCGGCCGGUGCUGACGCGACUCGUCGUCAGGAAGCGGCUGAUCGUGGCUGCAGUGCUCGGUGUGGUCAUGGUCCUGGUGCUGGUGAUCCUGAUCCCGGUUUUGGUGAGCUCUGCCGGGACAUCCGCCUCGCACUACGAGAUGCUCGGCACCUGCAGGAUGGUUUGCGAUCCUUACGGUACCAAAUCCCCGACCAGCACGGUCCCAGCAGACCCUGCCCGGGACAGCAACCUUAUGCAGUCUUUACCAACUUUUAUACAAGGUCCGAAAGGUGAACAGGGACGCCCGGGGAAAGUGGGGCCGAGGGGCCCUCCCGGUGAACCCGGACCCCCUGGAUCUCCCGGGGAGAAGGGGGAACCGGGAAGACCUGGAUUACCCGGGCAGCCGGGACCAAACAUGGCAACCGGCGCAAUCAGCGCGGCCACAUACAGCACCGUGCCCAAAAUCGCCUUUUACGCAGGGCUCAAAAAGCAGCACGAGGGCUACGAGCUGCUGAAGUUUGAUGACGUGGUCACGAAUCUCGGGAAUCAUUACGACCCGACCACGGGCAAAUUUACCUGCUCCAUACCGGGAAUAUACUACUUUACGUACCAUGUGCUCAUGCGAGGAGGAGACGGAACCAGCAUGUGGGCUGAUCUGUGCAAGAACAACCAGGUCCGUGCCAGCGCCAUCGCCCAGGACGCAGAUCAAAACUACGACUACGCCAGCAACAGCGCUGUUCUUCAUCUGGAACCCGGAGACGAAGUCUACAUCAAACUAGACGGGGGUAAAGCCCACGGGGGCAACAACAACAAGUACAGCACCUUCUCUGGUUUUAUUAUAUACGUCGAUUAGGACAUACGUACCUACUCCAGACGGUCUCGAUCUCGUCCUCCUCUGUUAUUCCUCUUCCUUGCUUUCUUUCAUUUUUUUUUUCCAUAAUUUUCCUUUGGGCCCAGGGCAAGCACACAGACCUGCUCAAACACCCCUCAUCAUUAGUCUGUAGAUGUGGGCUUGAAGGCAGAACUCUUUGCCCUGCAAUCCAAAAAUCAAGGAAGACCCCCCC